AUGUCACGUGGUGAGCUCAUCGAGCUGAAGGAUCUCUCCUUUGUGAAUGGCAUCGAGCUGGCUCCGCCUCCUCAACCCCUCCAGCCGCCCCCACCUCGGCCCCAGGAGCUACCACGCUCCCCAAGACUGACCCGGGUGGCGGCAGAGCGGCCCAUUUUGGGGGCUGUGGUUCGGCUGAUCGGGGACAGUGUGAAGGUACCGGGUCCGGCCUGUCGCAUUGGAGAGCCGGGGAGAGGCCACGACUUCCAGCCCUCCAGCCAGGCACACCUGUCCUGGUGCGACCUGUGUGGAGAGUUCAUCUGGGGCCUGUACAAGCCCAAUCUACGCUGCCUCAACUGCAAGUAUACUUGUCAUUCCCGUUGCCGGCCCCUAGUGCAGCUGGACUGUUGCCACUAUACUGUAGCCUACUUUGACCCAUCUGCCGCCUCUGAGGAGACCAUAGAAACAGACACAAAUGUGGAUGAGCAGAUUGAGUGGGCAAAACAGCAGCUGACUGCCAGUGAAAUUGAGAAGAAGGUGAAGGAGUACAAUGCUCAGAUCAACGGCAACCUCUUCAUGGUUCUUAACCGAGACGGCUCGUACACAGGAUUCAUCAAGGUGCUGUUUAAGCUGUCCAGGCCCGUGUCUCUGCCCUCGCCGAGACGGAGCUGCUCAGCGCAGGACGGCUCCUGGCAGGACAGCAAAGAUCUUACGUACGGCAGCAAAGACAGCAGCAAAGGGACGCGGAGACGCACAUCCUUCUAUCUGCCCAAGGACGUGGCUAAACACCUCCACAUCAGCUCUCGCACGAGCGCCCGCGAGGUUAUUGAAGCUCUGCUUAACAAGUUCACCGUGGUGGAUAAUCCUGCUAAGUUCGCCCUGUUUGAACGCACGGAGCGCCAGAAUCAAGUUUACCUGCGUAAAUUAGCAGAUGAUGAGUGUCCCCUGCGUCUGCGUUUGUGUGCGGGACCCGGUGAGAAGGCUAUGAGCCUCGUGCUGAGGGAAAACGAGGCCGGAGAAGUUAACUGGGAUGCCUUCAGCAUGCCUGAGCUGCACAACUUCCUGCGCAUCCUGCAGAGGGAGGAGGAGGCACACAUCCGUCAUAUCAUACGCCGCUACUCGUUGGCACGGGAACGCAUGACCGAGGCCCUGACCAAAACAACAGCACCGGCAUGAGAAGUUGGGACUGACA